CGCCAAUCGGCAAUAUACAUAGAUAUAAUAAAGAUUUAAGUAUUAUACAAAAGUGGCUAGGGUAUAUUAGUGUAAUAUCUGGAAAAUAUUUAAAUAAUUGUAAGUUAAUAUGUAAUUCAGACUUGAUUUAGAUGUAAUUCAGACGAGCAGGUGUCUCUUGGUGUUUUCGGUAAAAGCAGCGUAUGUUCCUCCAUAGAAAUCAAUUUCACCUUGAAGUGAAUUUACUAAAUUAGCCAGUCUAUUCUGAGGACCAUGGAUAACUCAAUUUUUCUUGGAUUUCUAUGUUUUUAGUAGUCUAUUUCGCCUCAGGGUAAGACCAGCAGGGGCGAGUUCAAAACUGUUUAGGAUCUCAUGAACAUCAGUGAUGUUAUUGACUACUUUGUUGAAAAAGCAAAGGUCAGCGACCUGUCGACGAGAAGACAGUUUUUUAUACAGUAGCACUGGUAGACCUCAUCAGUAGAGCAGAUGUGACUUGGUGACGAUAGUUUAUAGGCCAGUGACUUACAGAAUUUACGCUGCACCUUUUCAACUUUAUCGAUUGUCGUGUUAGUGUAGGGAGACCAGAUUACCGAACCAUAUUCCAAAAUUGGUAGUACAAGUGACUUGAAUAGUCUAAUGAGUGUCCAAGGGUUUUUGAAAUCUUUACCACUCCUCAGUAUAAUUCCAAGGGCUUUGAACGCCUUUGAUGUAAUUUUGUCUGCGUGGUGUGAGAAGGUGAGCUUAUUAUCAACAAUGAUACCUAAGUCUUUUAUGUUCUCGACCUCCGCUAUCUCAAGCCCAUCAAGUUUGUAGCUCGUGCGGAUCGGUGAGUGUGAGCGAGCAAAAGAUACGGCCGCACAUUUGUUUACGUGGAGAUCCAGCUUGUGCACUCGACACCAGUCACUGAGGAUAUUUAUGUCUUGUUGCAAGAUUAUGAUGUCUGUCACACAAGCAAUCGGUCUAAAUAUUUUGAGGUCAUCAGCAUACAGAAGGAAAUCAGAAGCAAAGUUGUUGCCAAUGUCGUUGACGAAGAUGUUAAACAGUACAGGACCAAGGUGAGAUCCUUGUGGCACACCAGAGAUUACUUCAUAUUCACUUGAUAAGUGGCCAUCUACUCUGACUUGCAAGCGUCUGCCUGUGAGGUAUGUACGUAUCCAAGCUAAUGCACGUCCAGCCACACCAUAUUUACUUAGCUUAUCUAAAAGUAUUUCGUAGUCAACACGGUCGAAAGCCUUGCUGAAGUCGGUGUAAAUGCUGUGUGUGCAGUUGCCGGAAUCCAUGGAGUUCAGCAGUUUGUCGACGUAUAUAAACAAAUUGAUAGUGGUGGAUCUACCACUAGUAAAGCCAUGUUGUAUGGUUGUUAUGAUGUUUUCAAAUGCCUGACGUAUCUGUGGAAGCACUAACCUCUCAAAUAGUUUUGCAAGUGCAGACUGUAUGUAGAUAGGACGGUAUUUGGUAACCAAGGCCUUGGGCCCCUCUUUAUGAAUCGGUGAGAUGUAUGACAGUUUCCAGUAGGUCGGGAAGGUACCAUGGUGAAGGGAUUCGCCAAAUAUAUGUCAAAGGCUCACAUGGUAGGCCCAGUUUUUGAUGAAUAUGUUAGGUAAACCAUCGGAGCCUGGACCUUUGCUGGGGUCGAGAGCAAGGAGUUCUUUGAGUACUGCAUCGUAGGUCACUGUCAGGGCAUCCAAGUGUGUGCGCUGUGUACCAGGAAAAUUUUGUGAAAAGGAAUGACAGGAAAACUCGUCUCUAGUUGCUGGAUUUUGGGGAAAACUUUAGAAUACCGUCCCAGGAUUUCGGCGGUAGAGGAGAUCCUCCAGAUUAAGAAUAUAUAGAUAUAGCCAUGGCAAACUUAAAGUUUUCGAGAUAUUUGUGUGUCAAAUUGAAAAUUUCAAUUUAUAUUCGUAUUUUUUCGAUUUAAAAUGAAUUUUACACUUAUAUUUUUCACUUUUAUGUUCACUAGCUCUUCACUAAUUCGUUUGUGCAUGUUUAUUUUAUAUUAUAUGGUGUUAAAAUAGCUUUAUUUCAAUAUUUAACUAACCGUUUAAUUUUAUUAGUUCGCACAAUAACAAAAGGGUUGGAAAAUAACAAAAAACCAGUGUUACCUUAUUUACAGUAUGUGUUAUGGUAACACUGGUUAUUUAUCAUUUUGCAGUCAUUUUGUUAUUGUUAGAAUUAAUAGAAUUGAACCAUAAGUUUAAUAUUGAUAGCUAUUUCUUCACUAUAUAAUGUAAAAUACGACGGGGGACGAAGGGACCGUGCCACUCGUGUUCGGGUGGCACGUUUUGUGUAAAAAUUGUAUCUUUACUUUUUGGUAUUGACAUAAUAUAUUAAUAUGCUUUUAUAUUUAUUUCUUUUAACCGCAAAGGAGUUAGUUCGAAUAUUAUUUUUUUUUAAAUGAGAAUUGUAAUUAAUUCAAGGAUGUUUUAUAAUAAAUAGACAAAAAUAUGGAAUAAGGAAAUUAUAAAUUUUUAAUAAUUUCCAAACCAUUAUAUUAUUUCUGUUAUAAAUUUGGCCUUGAAAAUAUUAGUAGCGAAAAGAGUCACAAUGUAAAAGCACACCUACAAAAAAAAACCAAUUUCGGUGACAAAAGGCUGUGUGUGAACGCGCUCUGACACUUGCAUAUAUUAAAUUAUUUAUUGACUAUGUUAUAUGCCUGUGGAUUUGUAAUAAUGUGUAAUUAAGAACGAUUUUUUAGGAUGAAAAUUAACGAGAAAAACUUGUGUGUUUUCGCCACUUCUCCUCCAUUUGAUUGCGAAGGAUUUUUGAAUAAGCGGGGUGAAGUUAAUAAGGCCUUCCAAAGGCGAUAUUUUGUACUUAAAGGAAAUUUAUUAUUUUACUUUGAGAAAAAAGGAGAUAAAGAACCAUUAGGACUCAUAAUUGUAGAAGGUUGUACAAUAGAAUUGUCCGAAGAAAGCGAUCAGUACUGUUUCGAAAUAGCUUUCAAUGGCAACCGAACUUAUAUACUAAGUGCAGAUUCGCAGGAAACUAUGGAAAAUUGGAUGAAAGCGUUAACAUGCGCUGGCUAUGAGUACAAAAAAUUGGUUGUGGCGGAGCUACAGCGGCAAUUAGAGGAGAUUGAAUUUUCUCAUAAUAAAAUUAUUACCGAAGCCAAUUCCGCAACAAAUGUGCCAAGACCACCACCCCGAAGAUACAAUCCAUUCAAUCGACCAGCUCCUCCCCUGCCAGGCAUUAGCAGUAAUAAUAAUGUGUCCUCAGAACCAUUCAUUAAUGGACAUUUUGUUUCGUCAAAACAGUGUGCACAAACUUCAUCAGGACCAAUUAUUGGGAACACCCCAAUACCGGCACAAAGGACUAACAAGAAUGACUACAAUAAUAGAGUCACACCAGCAGUAUUGGAAUUAUGUUCCCCAAUAGCGAAUAUUUUGCGAAACAAGAAUUGUACAUUUGAACAAUUGCAUGAAAAUUUUCGUCAAGUGGUAAUGAAAGACGUGCUCAUAUACAGAACGGAACAAUUACUCAAGUCGCAGCCACUUAUUAAUUUGUGAUUUUUUCUAAUCAACAUAUUAUGCUUAAGAAUAGUAAUGUGCCUUAAAAUUAUGACACAUUUGUCAGAGAUUUAGUCUAUCUAAUAUAAUCUAAUAUUUAUUUUUAUUUUCGUAAGUGCCGAAAAAAGACUUUAUCGUCGCUAAGCCUUUGAGGGCGUAUUACAGUAAUAAUAACUGCAAUUACAUAUGUUUGUAAAUGUGAAAUUUUGUUUGGAAUACUUUGACACUUGUUAAAAUGCAUAUACUAACUUGCUCUGUGUUUGACAAAAUAAAAUAACUGCUCUUUUUUUAUUAAGACAAGUCAUGCGAA